AUGUUUCUAAUCUCAAAGAGUUUACACUUUACAAGGAGUUUCUCAAAUACUAUCAAGACAUUGAAUAGAUCAAACAUUAAAAUGGUGUCCCCUGCUGAAAGAUUAUCUACUAUUGCGUCCACAAUCAAGCCAAACAGAAAAGAUUCUACAUCAUUACAACCAGAAGACUAUCCGGAACAUCCGUUCAAGGUGACGGUUGUUGGUUCCGGUAACUGGGGGUGUACAAUUGCCAAGGUUAUAGCGGAAAACACCGUUGAGAGACCUCGUCAAUUUCAAAGAGAUGUUAAUAUGUGGGUCUAUGAAGAAUUGAUUGAAGGCGAAAAGUUGACUGAAAUCAUAAAUACCAAACACGAAAACGUCAAGUACUUGCCAGGUAUCAAGUUGCCAGUUAACGUUGUUGCAGUUCCAGACAUUGUUGAGGCUUGUGCAGGCUCAGACUUGAUUGUCUUCAAUAUUCCUCACCAAUUUUUACCAAGAAUUUUAUCCCAAUUAAAGGGUAAGGUGAAUCCAAAGGCUAGAGCAAUUUCUUGUUUGAAAGGUUUGGAUGUCAAUCCUAAUGGAUGUAAGUUGCUCUCCACUGUUAUUACUGAAGAGUUGGGUAUUUAUUGUGGUGCCUUAUCAGGUGCUAAUUUAGCUCCUGAAGUUGCACAAUGUAAAUGGUCGGAAACAACUGUUGCAUAUACAAUUCCGGACGAUUUCAGAGGUAAAGGCAAGGAUAUUGACCAUCAAAUUCUAAAGAGUUUGUUCCAUAGACCUUAUUUCCAUGUUCGUGUUAUUAGUGAUGUUGCAGGUAUUUCCAUUGCCGGUGCACUCAAGAAUGUCGUUGCUAUGGCUGCUGGAUUUGUCGAAGGUUUAGGUUGGGGUGAUAAUGCAAAGGCUGCAGUCAUGAGAAUAGGUUUGGUGGAAACCAUUCAAUUUGCCAAGACUUUUUUCGAUGGCUGUCAUGCUGCAACCUUUACUCAUGAAUCUGCAGGUGUUGCCGACCUAAUCACUACCUGUGCCGGCGGCCGUAACGUUAGAGUUGGUAGAUAUAUGGCACAACAUUCUGUCUCUGCAACGGAGGCUGAAGAAAAGUUGUUGAAUGGCCAAUCCUGUCAAGGUAUCCACACAACUAGGGAAGUUUACGAGUUCCUCUCCAACAUGGGCAGGACAGAUGAGUUCCCACUAUUUACCACCACCUACCGUAUCAUCUACGAAAACUUCCCAAUUGAGAAGCUGCCAGAAUGCCUUGAACCUGUGGAAGAUUAA